AUGUUUUCCCGCAACCCUGAGGAUACCCCACAAGAACCUGAGCCCGAGCCCUCAAGCUCCAAGAAGAAAAAGAAGAAAAGAAAGUGGCAACACCUAGAGGCCAGCAUCCAAGCCCUCACCAGGGCUGGCCACGGGGCCCUCCUGGCUGGCCGGAACCAUGAGGGCUUGACCAGCUUCCAGAGGGCCUUCCUCCUGGCCUCUGAGGCCCCACAAGAAAAGGACACCCCUAUUCUCCGGGCCUGUGCCUUCAACCUGGGGGCUGCCUACGUGGAGACUGGGGACCCAGCCAGAGGCCUUGAGCUGCUCCUAAGAGCCCAACCUGAAGAGAAGGCACAGGGCAGGUGUCAUGGUGACCAGUGUUUCAAUGUGGCUUUGGCCUACCAUGCCCUGGGCAACCUGCCUCAAGCUUUGGCUUGGUACCAAAGGGCUCUGGGCCACUACCAGCCCCUAGGUGACCAGGGGCAGGCCCAGGCAAAAAUGGGAGCCUGCUACCAGGCCCUGGGAGAGCCUGAACUAGCAGCUCACUGCUUGCAGGAAGCAGGCCGGACCUAUGCCCAAGCAGGGCAGCCCCAAGCUGCAGCCCUAGCACUGGGGGCUGCAGCGGUGUGUAUGCUGAACAGCGGGCAGCAUGGCGUGGGCGAAGUGGUGCAGGUGCUGGAGGAGAGCCGGAGGCUUGCUGAGAUGAGCACUGAACGGGGACUGCUGGGGCAACUUUAUAAUGACCUAGGCCUGGGCUACUCCCAGCUCCAGCUGUUUCCUCUAGCAGCCGAGGCCUUCCUGCAGGCUCUGCCCUUGUGCCGGAGGCCAGGAGAGAAGGCCACGGUUCUGAGAAACCUUGGAAUGGCCCACAAUGCCCUUGGCAACUAUCAGGAAGCCCGGGCGUUUCACCAGAAGGCUGCUGACCUGCAUGGCUCUGUGGGGCAGCGGUGGGAGCAAGGCCGGAGCUUCGGCAGCCUGGCGUUUGCGCUGAGCCAGCUAGGGGACCACAAGGCAGCCAGAGACAACUACCUACACGCUCUGCAGGCUGCCCAGGACACUGGAGACAUGAAGGGGCAGUGGCAGGCCUGCGAGGGUCUGGGGGCUGCUGCAGCCAGACUGGGGCAGCAUGACCAGGCCUUGAAGUACUAUAAGGAAGCACUGACCCGGUGCCAGAAGGAGCCAGAUUCUGUGCGAGAGCGGCUGGUGGGCAAGCUGGCGGAUGCCAUGAGGACGCAUUUGGCCCAGGGUGGGCUGGACCUGACUCAUACCCUGACCUCAGCUCCAGGGAGGUCUCAGGCUCUAGGUGAGCCCUGCCCAGAGGGGACUCCAGCCAGGAUGGCAAGGGACCCAGCAGAAGCAAGGCACAGAUCUUUGGGUGGGUGGAAAGAUUGAGACUUAGAAGAGGGUCAUGAGGAGAAAGAGGAAGAGGACUUCGUGAAAGUUCCCUGUGCCUGGGUUGACUGGGUUGGCUUGUGCAGGGACUGGAGGGUCUGA